AUGCACAAGACAAGGCAGCUGGUUGUCGACUUCGAGUCAGAGAGCUGGGGCAUCUGUGCUCGCCUUCGAGAGCGAGACGCCUUCGCCGUCCCCAUCCGCGUCAGCCGUGUCAAGGCUGACUCCGAGGCUCAUGCCAAGGGCGUGCAGGAGGGAGACUGCAUCGUCAAGCUCGAGUCGUGCGGGGCUAGCGAUAUGCAGGUCAUCGAUGUGGAGAUGGCGAGAUCAGCCAUCCUUUUCGCGUCGCGGGCUUUCGUAUCUCGCUCGAUCUAUCGUUGCGGUAUACUCUGA